CGACCGCAACAUCGCAACAUUUUUGGCCUUUUUGGCAGCUUUGACAACCAAACAAACGCCGUGUCCGUGCCGCUUCGCAAGUCAUCUUUGAAGAAAAUCGCAGUUAAAAAGUGACAUAGCAUUUCUGUAGAAUAAAAAUGUUCCGCAACCAGUACGAUAGCGAUGUCACGGUCUGGAGCCCUCAGGGUCGCCUCCAUCAGGUUGAGUACGCAAUGGAAGCAGUCAAGCUGGGCUCGGCGACCGUCGGUUUAAAGAACAAGGACUAUGCCGUUUUGAUUGCUUUGAAGCGAGCAUCAUCGGAGCUUUCGUCGUACCAGAAGAAAAUCAUUUCAAUCGAUGAUCAUCUCGGAAUUUCGAUCGCUGGUAUAACGGCCGACGCCCGUAUCCUGAGCCGGUACAUGCGGCAGGAGUGUCUGAAUUACAAGUACUCGUACGAUGAUAACUAUCCGGUCGGACGACUGAUUGCCAAUGUCGGCAACAAAAUGCAGGUGUGUACUCAACGCUAUGACAGACGUCCCUACGGCGUCGGUUUGUUGGUGGCCGGCUAUGACGACCAGGGGCCACAUAUCUACCAAACUUGCCCGAGUGCGAAUUUCUUCGAUUGCAAGGCCAUGUCCAUUGGGUCAAGAUCUCAGAGCGCCAGAACCUAUCUGGAAAAGCACUUGAACGUUUUUCCAGAUUGUACCAAGGAGGAGCUAAUCCGUCACGGGGUGCAGGCCCUGCAGGAUACUUUGCCUAAUGAGGUGGAGCUCAACAAUAAGAACAUUUCAAUUGCCAUCGUCGGCAAGGAUGAGAAGUUCCGCAUCCUGGAAGAACUCGAAAAUGCACAAUAUCUAACCAACAUUGUGCGUCGCGGGGGUGGCGGACCUGGACAAGCUGCUGCUUCUGGUGGUAGCCAACCGCCGGCCGAUGACGAUCAGCCGCAACCCCCAAACGACCCGACCCCAGCCGUGGCGAUGGAAAGUUAAAGCGUAGUACUUCGGAGGAAUCGCUGAACGAUGAUCCUGAUGUUCAUUGCUGUGAUCAUUCAGGUUUAUCACAAACCUUGCUCGGCAGUCUCUUUAACUGGCCCUCUUUUGUGUUUACGGUUCAAGAAAUAUGUUGGGUGGGGGUUUGAAAACGAUCUUUCAAAUCCCCACCCAAAACAGGGAUAAAAUUUAUAAUGUGGUAUUUCGGAAUUAUUGCAAACUCUUUAUUAUUCUUUUCAAUAAUUAUAUUCAAUCAAUCAAA